GAGGCCAGAUCCACUGAGCCCAGCUUGCACCUGCAUCCACACCUCCCCAACUGCCCCUUCUCUAUCCUGAGCUUGCCUUUUCUGAAGCUGUCAUGUCUGUGACCAAGAGUGCUGGGGAUCCCCAGGUAGCCACCACUAUCAAGCUGGACCUCGUGUCGUCUCCUGAGAGUACCAAGAAAGUGCAGAGCCAGGAUCCUAGUCUCGGGAAUGGGAGCGCCUCAGAUCCAUCAAAGAAGACCAAGGGCAUAACAGGGUUCCAGACAUUGGUUCACCUGGUCAAAGGCAACAUGGGCACGGGGAUCCUGGGACUCCCCUUGGCUGUGAAGAAUGCAGGCAUCUUGAUGGGCCCGCUCAGUCUGCUGGUGAUGGGCCUCAUCGCCUGCCACUGUAUGCACAUCCUGGUCAGGUGUGCCCAGCGCUUCUGUCACAGACUCAACAAGCCCUUCAUGGACUAUGGGGACACAGUGAUGCAUGGACUGGAAGCUAGUCCCAAUGCCUGGCUGCAAAACCACGCCCACUGGGGGAGGUACAUCGUGAUCUUCUUCCUCAUUGUCACCCAACUGGGCUUCUGUUGUGUGUACAUCGUGUUUCUGGCGGACAAUUUAAAACAGGUAGUAGAAGCUGUUAAUGGAACAACCAUCAGCUGCCACUACAACGAGACCAUAGAUCUGACACCCACCAUGGAUUCACGACUCUAUAUGCUUGCCUUCCUGCCCAUUCUGGGGCUUCUGGUCUUCAUUCGGAACCUCCGUAUCCUUACCAUCUUCUCCAUGUUGGCCAACAUCAGCAUGUUUGUCAGCCUGGUCAUCAUUGCCCAGUACAUCAUCCAGGGAAUCCCAGACCCUAGCCAGUUGCCACUGGUAGCAAGCUGGAAGACCUACCCUCUCUUCUUUGGAACAGCCAUUUUCUCGUUUGAAAGCAUCGGCGUGGUGCUGCCUCUGGAAAACCAGAUGAAGGAUGCCCGCCGCUUCCCAACCAUUCUGUCUCUGGGGAUGUCCAUCAUCACCACCCUAUACAUUGCCAUCGGGACCUUGGGCUACCUGCGGUUUGGAGAUGACAUCAAAGCCAGCAUCACGCUUAACCUGCCCAACUGUUGGCUGUACCAGUCAGUCAAGCUCCUGUAUGUCGUCGGCAUCCUGUGUACCUACGCCCUGCAGUUCUACGUCCCUGCAGAAAUCAUCGUCCCCCUUGCUGUCUCCCAGGUGUCAAAGCGCUGGAAACUGCCCGUGGACCUGUCCAUCCGUCUCGCCAUGGUCUGCCUCACAUGCAUGCUGGCCAUCCUCAUUCCACGCCUGGACCUGGUCAUCUCCCUGGUGGGCUCUGUAAGCAGCAGCGCCCUGGCCCUCAUCAUCCCACCCCUGCUGGAGAUCGCCACCUACUACUCAGAGAGCAUAAGCCCCCUGACCAUCACCAAGGAUGCCCUCAUCAGCAUCCUGGGCUUCGUGGGCUUCGUGGUGGGGACCUACCAGGCCCUAGAUGAAUUGAUUGGGUCCGGGAACUCUCUCCCUUUCUCCAACUCCACUAUGUUUAUUCAGUGACAGAGCCUUCCCUCACCCACGGUGACUUAUGUGGUUUCACUUCGCCUUUUCUCUGGUCCAAGACAUGAAAAAUUCGCAGACACAAGGUGCAGCUGGUCAUUUAAAAAAAAAAGGACAAACCUUGGUCAUCCUCUGGUUUUCCACACAGUGGAGAGCUCUUCCGUGGAAGCUUUUAGAUUCCGCUCUCCUUUUUUGGUCAGUUAUCUAAUUUCGUAUCUUGAGUGGAACUAUGCAAAAAUCAGCCACUAGGGGGCAGCAAGGGCCAGCUUCUGGCAGAAGAAGCUCUCUUCCUGUUCAUUUAGUAAAUAGGUCACAUCCUUUUCCUGUCAGUGCCUGGGAACACACGAUGCUCACUCACCUCAGCAUCAAGAUAGAGGGGGCCAAGGUGAGUCCCAUGCUCAGGUAAAAAGGCACCAUCUGUGUUUCAGAUAAGGGCGUUGAACUUUCUAAACCACUAAAGUUUUAGCCCAACUCAGAAACCCAGCAGGUGAAUAAGAAAAAAAUCAGGGUCAAGCUGAUGAGCUAAGAGCACGAGGCAGCAGACAAAGACAACACUGGAGGAGGUUUUUAUGUCUGAAUUAUUGCAACUGCAAUAAACAUUCUCGA